AUGGCCACCUCGCGAUACCCCCAGUCCGACCUCCGUCGACAAGUUGGGUCGCCGAAACCCAAAAUCCGAGGCGAGUCAACGCGCAUGAUGCCCUUCCGACCACAGACCUUAUGCCGAAACGUAAUGAUAUACGGACACUGUCGAUACGAGAACACCGGUUGCGCCUUCAACCACGACCAGAAUCGUUCCAACUCGGUCCAGAAUAGUCCCGGAGGACAGAGCAACCAAUCUGAUUUGUAG